CAGACCGCAUCAUGAUAAUGAACGGGGCGCUCAGGUACGGCCAUCAUGCGCCUUCCCCGCUGCAUAUCUCGCUCUCAUCGCAUCUCGUAUCCUUCUUUCAACUUUCCUCACCUUUGCCUGCGUUUUGUGUGUGUCUCUAUGUGCCCCUCGCUUUCUGUCUCCGUCUACAACGUCCACAAUUCCAUAACCAACGUCAGCGCCUACCUCCGAGACACUGCCGGCUCCAUCUCGGACCCUCUACACGGUCACAGCUUCUCCCCUGUCAAACAGAAUCUCCUACCAACUGUAGACCGCAGUUUGCUCUUCUUCCGGGACUGUUUGCUGUGUCACGAGCGUCUUCUUGCCAUCGGGAAGCCCAACAAUGUCAGAAGAAGGAGUUUCUCUUCCAAAACGUCCAACUCGGUGGUUUGCCAGUGUCUAAGCUGUGGCAAAUUUGCACAUCGAGAGUGUGUGAGUUUCUCACACGCUCAUCGCUACUGUAGAGGCCACGAGAGCCUCAUGCCACUGUGUAGCCAUGCUCCGCCCCCGAUAGAUGCGCUACUGUUCCCACCGCCCAAGGAGAUACAGAGCAAAGACACAAAGGGACACAGGAAAGCGGAGGGUUUUACGUUAGCCACGCUGAUUGAGGAGCUGAAUAGUAGCAGUGUUGCUGCUGUAGGUGCCACGUCUGCAGUGAUGACAAAAGGAGGGGCGACAACGAAGCAGCAGUUCCAGACAGCCUCUAAAUACGCCAAGAAACUAGCGCCAGUAUUGGCUGCUGGUGGCGUUGUGGGGGCCAUUGCCAUGGGUCCUGCAGCUGGAGUUUUGGCUGGACUUAACAUGUUAGUGGCGAGUGUGGGAGCGGAGACAGUCAUGGCCGGGAUUGGACUCACAGCAAGUGCUGCAGCUGCAGCCACAGUCACGCAUCAGAGUAAAGUGAAGGCAGCACAACGCAGGAAGGAACGGCUGCGGAAGGGCGAGUGGGCCAUGGAGAUCUGCUGGAACUGCAAGAAAAACUUUAACGGAGCACCAUCGGACGAGGCUUGUCGGAAAGAUGCAGAGUUUCUGCGUCGUUUUCAGCUGCCAGACCCACGACAUCAGAUGCACGGAGAUGAUGAUACACCGACAGGUUCUGCGCACGAGACUAGGCCUGAUGAUGCUGAAGUGUACCGGUUUUUGUUUGGUAUUUUCUCUUCGCCUAGCGAACUUUUGGGACAGAUGAAUGUGCAGCUGUGUGAAUCUUUCCGUAAACGCUUCACAGCUAGACACCAGAAGAAGCUGAGAAGACCGAGUUUUACGGGAAGUUCUAGUGCCUCUGAGUCGACUGCAGUUCGGGCUAUGGCGAAGGAUACUCUUCAGGAUACCAAGAUGUACGUUGCUCACGUGCUGGGUGCCACGCUGCAAUGCUUUCCGAGUCUGGCCAGCACUCCGGAAGCCGUGAGCAGCUGUACUCUUGCUGUGGAGCGUAUCGUGUACGACGACAUUCACGCUAUGGUUUUUUCCGAGUUCCAGCGCACCUUCAAGGACGCAGACAGCUCCUUCGCUGAUAACUUGGCGGAUAUCCGACGUGAACAAAAGUAUCACUCCUCUGCGUUACUGCAAUUGGGUGGUAAUUCUGAGAACUCUGUCCUCGCCGAAGAUCUCCAGAAAGCUGAGGCUAAAAUGGUCGCUAUGAUGCACGAGACGUCAUCGCCACUACUGAAGUUGGUGCUGCUUUGUGACGCUUUCCGAAGCAUUUGCUGCUUCGCGGAGAAGUUGCAUCAAUCUGCGUCGAAUGCCGACAUGUUGAUCCCUAUUUUGUGUGCGUUUAUGGUCGAAUGUCCACGAGUGUGUGGCCCCGGAUCGGAUUUUGUGGCCGAGAUCGCGUUCAUCUCGUUUUUCACGAACGGAGGCGGCAAAGGCGUCGAAGGUUACGUGUUGACCACGUUCCAGGCGUCCAUCCAGGUCAUUGCUGCUGUGGACCUGCCGAGUGGACAUGCGAAAGAGCUGGAACUUUUCAUAAAUGACGACGAGAGCGAAGCCACAGAAGAAGAUGACGACGAAUUCUUCGAUGCCGUAUCCACCAGUUCAGAGUCUCAGUUACAGUCAUAGAGUUGUAAAUAAGAGUGUUUUUAAAUGGUAGAAGUGGUACGUCGCUCAACGCGACGACUACCAUUGAGACUGGAUGCUAGAGGAAUUAUAAACCGAUGUCGAUGCAAUAACGGGCUCUCUUAGCGUCAUGCCCUAAUUAAACCGUAAUAAGGGUAUCUGUGGAACGAUCCGAAA